AUGCCUCGUCUUCUUCCCCAGUUCCUUCCUGUCUUGGCCGUCUACUGCUUCUGCAUGCUGCAGAUCCCUUCCUCAGGAGUUUCUCAACCUUCAGUGGAGCCUCCAGAUGGUUUGAACACAGUGCAGCUUGAGGAUAAUCAAGACAUAUUCAAAAGGUUUUUGUUUCACUACUCCAGAACUCAGGAGCCGACAUAUCCAGUUAAAACCAGGCUGCCUGCUGUGCACCCGCUAAUGCGCCUGGCCUCCAAGCUCGCCAGCAGAAAGAUGAAGAGAUUUCCGCAGCCAGAUCUUGGGGUUGCCUCCGUGGACUUUACCAAGAAGGAUCCCAUUGCCACCUUGGGACGGCCAUUUUUCCUUUUCAGGGUAUAA